AUGGCCCCCUCCGCCGAAGCUUCAUCCAGCAUCGCUGUACCUGAACAGCAUGCCACCAAGGUCACUUUGGCCGGCAAGGUCAUCGCUGUGACUGGCACGAACAGAGGCAUUGGCCUCGGUGUAGCAAAAUCAUGCCUAGACAAUGGCGCUGCAGUCAUGAGCAAUAAUAACGAAGACUUCUAG